AUGUCGCAGAUCCCCGGUACCAACAAGAACACCAACGACGUUUCCAAGGACGCUCAGAACCUUGGCAACGACGCCUCCAACAAGGCUUCGCAACUCGGCAACGACGUCUCCAACAAGGCUGGCGACCGUUCGUUCCCGGCUCAGGAGCAUGGUGACUCGCUCACCAAGCAGGCCUCUGAACUUGCUUCCAGCACCCUUGCCUACGUUCAGCAGACCGCAGGCUCCAUCCUCGGCCAGGGUAAGGACCUCGCUCAGAACACCGCUGACCAUACCAAGUCUGCCUCUAACGACGCCGCCGACCAGGCCUCCAAGACCACCGACCAGGCCGCCAAGGAAGGUCAGCAGUCCGCCGAACAGGCCAAGCAGUCCCUCAUCGGCUUGACUAACCAGGCCCGUGACCUUGCCUCCCACACCCUCGACUCUGCCAACCAGUACAUCAAGCCCGCUGAGGACAACGCUUCCGGUCUCGUCAACCAGGUCCGUGCUACCGCCGGCCACAUUGUCGAGAACGUCUCGCACUUGAUCGCUGCUGGUCAGCAGAAGGCCGGUGAAGUCGCUGACGAGGUCAGCAAGCAGGCUGGUCAGGCUCAGAAGAGUGCAAGCAACCUCGCUAGCGAUGCCGCUGACACUGCUUCGCAGAAGGCUGGUGAGGCACAGAAGACCGCUCAGAACGCCGGUCAGCAGGCUAGCCAGGCUUUGAGCGACGCUGCUGCUCAGGCUAAGGGCGCUGUUCAGGGCGCUACUGGCUCCAAGUAA